GGAACCAAAACAAGCAACGUGUUAAGAUGCCUGCCUCUCAGUCGCUGUUAGACCUGUGCAUAUCCUGUUUAGCAAACUACACGUCCAAGUACCACAGCGAUAUAAAGACAUUACCACCUAAUAUCAAGGACAACUUGCUCAAAAUAAUGAGCAGCCAUGGCACAGUGACCGACACAAAUAUUAGUCAGAUGUUACAUUCUGGACUCCAGAAACUGGACCUCCAGGACUGUAAAGUGUCAGACAGCGCUCUGAAGCAACUGAGUAACUGCAGACAACUGAAGGAAAUAGCUUUGAACUGCAGAAAAGAAAACUGUUUUAAUAUUUCUUCAGAAGGGAUUAAAGCGAUGGCUCUGGCGUGCCCCUAUCUGUGUGAGAUUGCUCUGUGGAGGUGCUGCAGUAUUUCAGAUGAAGGAAUCCUAGCCCUUGCACACAACUGUAGACUACUGCGUAUUUUAACCAUCAGUGGCUGCUCUGCAAUCACAGAUGCCUCUCUACUGGCUCUGGGACAAAAUUGCAGCUUCUUGAACAGCAUCAACUUCUCAGUAACACAGGUUACAGAUGAAGGAGUUAUCGGACUAGUUACUGGGGUGUGCUCUCAGAGCUUAAAGGAGAUUGACAUGGCUCGCUGUGUCUGUCUGACAGAUGAAGCUGUGGAGGCUGUUGUGACCUGCUGUCCUAAUAUACGAAUCUUACUUUUCCAUGGAUGUCCACUGGUUACAGAUCGUGCAAGAGAAGCCCUGGAGCAGCUAGUCAGGCAAAAUAAACUGGCACAGUUGACAUGGACUGUAUACUAAACAGAAAAGCACUAUUUUACCAUUGUUAGUGACAAGUUAUUUUUAUAUCUGUGUAUUUAUUAGCUGUGUAUGUUCAGGAGUAAUGUUUAACUUCAUUUUUGUGGAAACCGUUCUUAUUGUUGGAUGCCAACCAAAACUUUAAUUCCAAGAAUUUCUUCAGAUUUAUGGUACUUUUUUUAUGUUAGAACAAGCUCCUAUAUCUUUACAAAACGCCACACAGUUGUUUGACAGUAAAACAAGUGCUGAAGUCCAUAGUUUGAAUCCUAACAUUGUUUAACUCUCUGAAGGAGUGGACACAUUUAUCAAGGGCAUUUUAUGUGAUAUUUGCAUGCUCACAGCGUUAGCAAAGUUCAAUUACACCUACACAGUGCUUCACGGUAAUUUCAAGCUUUAGAUCCAAAAGCUUUAGAUCCAAAAAUACAAUUGCUAGUACUUCUUUAAAUGUGCAACACUUUGAAAAACAUUCUGGUCUGUUAUUUGCAUGAACUACCUUUCAAUGGAUAACUUUUUGUACAUGUCCACGUAUGUCUCAGAAAUCUGUUGUUGGUACCAUUUUAUGAUCUACAGUUAUACAGGGGUAUUUGGGGUAAAUGUUUUCCUGAGGUAUUCAGUACUAUUUUAAAGGGCUGCACAAACUUUCCUCAAGAUUACACUUGCCCAUGUGACCUAAAUGUUAUGUUUAGCUUCCUAGCACUUUCCAAGCAUAAACAUGUUAAAAAGUUGCAAUGUUAUACUGCAGUU